CUCAGUCUGAGAUUCACGCAUCUUUUGGAUGUGGUUUCUCACCAAAGCGUCCGAUCCGAACGAGCGACUGUGGCUGCUGUGUGGCGAGCAGUACACGAUCGGCCGCUGCAACACAUCCAUCAUUGUGCAGGACAAGGCAGUCUCGCGGUUGCACGCGUCCAUCCGCGUCGAGGACCAACCCGCUUCAAGCAGCACUGCCAACCACGGGGCAGGUACCGGUGCCGGUGCCGGUGCCGGUGGUGGUCCCAGCCCAGCAGCCAACGAGAGUUAUCCACGCGCAAUCGUGCUGCUGACAGACCUCAAAUCGAGCUUUGGAACGCGGCACAAUGGCACGCCGCUUGUUCCGCACGAGCCGGUCGCGCUGGCCGAAGGAAGUAUCAUUGAGCUCGGAGCGUCCGGCGUGCGGUAUCAACUGCACCAUCGCGACAUUGUGUUGUGCGUAUCCAGCAUGGAGGCGGCAGCGGUGAGCCGAGCAUCCGAGCUCGCUGCCAAGUGCGGCGCAGUGAUUGUGCGGAACUACUCGGACGCCGUGACGCAUCUGCUCAUGGAGACGCUGCUGGUCACAAUCAAAGUCACCCUGGCGCUCGUGCGAGCCAUUCCGAUUGUCACUCCGGCGUGGCUGGAGGCCAUUUCGCGCCGGCGCCAAUCGCCCGCAGACCCGUUGCCAAGCGAGGACGCCUUUCUGCCGCCUCGCUCGAGCAACAGUGGUAGUGAGGGAGCAGCUGCAGCUGCAGCUGCAGCAGCCGCGCCUCCGCGCGAAGGGGAAGCGGCGCCGUAUCUGCCAAAUCCAAUGCGCAAGUCUCUGUUCGACGGGAUGACCUUCUAUCUGUUCGGCCAGGGCCAACGAGCAGCGAUUGGCGAUGCCAUCAUCCAUGGUGGCGGACAAGCGAUCGAGUACAACCCCGCGACCUACACGUUUCAAGCAGGCGGCGCUGCGACGACCAACCAUCAACGUUCGAUUCUGGACGCCGUCCUUGCUCCGUUCACGUGUGUGGUGCAUCCGCAGCGCGCUCAGCUGCUCUGCUCGAGCCAAGAGUUUGCCGAUCUGACCGAGCAUGUCCAGUCCCACGGCGGUGCGGUGGUGACCGAGGGUGAAAUUGGCAAGGCCAUCUUGUGGACGUCUGUUCAAAAGCUGUGCUCAAGCAUGGUGCCGACAGCGCCAUCAGCAGCUGUUGAAGCAACGGACAUCAAGCCGGUUGUGCGAGCCGCCGAAGAUAUCAAGCCCGACCUGAAGGCUCUCAUGGACCAGCAGAAGCCUGCGAUUUCCGAGGCACGAGGCUCGAAGAGGCCUCUAGAUGAGUCGGCGUCACACACGGGUCAAGACCAGUUGUCGAGUACCGCCUCCUUCAAAGAGUCUUCUCGAAAGCAGCCAAAAUUGGAAACGCCUUUGGAGGACGCCGCUUUGCGAAGAGUUGCCAGCGUCGAACCAGCUGAACAAAAACCCUUGGUUCGCAGACGACCAGCAUCGACUGCAGCUUCCAAAGAGGCAUUCAAAGAGCGGCAGCCCGUACGAGACGCAAAUACCGAAAAUGGCCAUCCCGAGCCGGGCAGCCACAUGAAAGUCACGUUUUCUUCGCUUGUUUAUCAGCAGCCUCUUCCUCCAUCGUCUAUUGCUCCGAAAUCGGGCUCAGAGGCUGUCAACUUUAAGGUCUUCCGAAAGACCAUUCAUGCACAGCCCAAUCACCCUCAAGUUGACUGUCGGUGAGGAUUGGAGAGUCGCAUCGCCUUUUCAUUGCCCCAUCCCAACUCAAUCAUGUUAAUUAAAGUUUCACAUCAAGU